UUAUACAAGAGAAUAUAAAAAGAAUCUUCGAGAGUUGCAAUAUAUCUCCUCAGAUGUUUAUUUUAACAAAUUGAAUGGAAUGAGAGCUCAGACAAAGAAAAUAAUCAAAGGAUUUAAAGGAUAUUCAAAGCAUUUUAAAAAUAUAAAAGGGGCAGUUGAUCAGUUAAAAGUAAAUAAAAAGCAUAAAGGUUAUAUAUACUACAGUAUAAUGGAACUAUUUUUGAAUGAAAAUAUGAAGGUUGAGGAAAAUGAUGAGGAGUUUCAAGAUAUUGUUGAAGCAAUUUCGAAGUAUCAUAAAGAUGAAGAAAGUUUAUAUCAACAGGUCAAUAUACCUAUUAAUUUAAUAAAACUGGGUGAAACAUGAUGAAUAGUUGUUUUAUAUGUGGAUAGCAGGGAGAGCUGUCCUGCGCUUUUGCAUUUGGCUUCCGCGGAAUUCUGCUUUUAAAAUACUUUUAUUUCCGUCUUCCUUCUCCUUUCUUUUUAUUUCGUUCCGUUUUCUUCCAUCUGCCAUUUUUAAAAUACCUUGAUUGCCGUCCCUGGUGGUGGAUAGUAAGGUUCUCCGACGAGGGUGGG